UUUUUAUUGCUUUUCCUCAGUGAGAAUGGCAAGGAUUCGGAUUCCUAGCACAAUGGUUAUACUUUUUGUUACGGUUCAGACUGGAUUCUUACUCUUCAUGUAUGCCCGGUACAGCAGCUUCGUGCCUCAAUCUGAGGAGAAACCAUCUCAAGUCCACAUCCUCAUUCUCUCCUCCUGGCGGUCGGGAUCUUCUUUCGUCGGUCAGCUUUUCAGCCAGCACCCCAGCGUCUUCUACCUGAUGGAGCCCGCAUGGCACGUGUGGGUUACGAUGUACCAGAACAGUGCGAAGGUCUUGCACAUGGCAGUGCGGGACCUAGUCAGGUCGGUCUUUCUGUGUGACAUGUCAGUGUUUGAUGCUUACAUGCCUUGGAAAAGAAACUUAUCCGAUCUUUUCCAGUGGGCAGUGAGUCGGGCUCUCUGUUCAUCUCCUGCUUGUGACUCCUUUCAACGUACUGACAUAACCAGUGAGAUGGCAUGCAAGACUCUUUGUGGACGGUACCCAUUCAGCAAGGUGGAGGAAGCCUGUAAAACCUACAGCCAUGUUGUCAUCAAGGAGGUUCGAUUCUUUGACUUGAAGGUCCUCUACCCCCUUCUCACUGAUCCAUCCCUGAAUCUCAAAAUUAUUCACUUGGUCCGUGACCCCCGGGCAGUUGUCAAGUCACGGGAACAAUCAGUCAAAGCAUUAGCCCGUGACAAUGGAAUUGUUUUGAGUACCAAUGGCACUAAAGUGGAAGACACUAAAUACAAAGUAAUGCAAGAGAUUUGUAGAAGUCAUGUUCAGAUUUAUGAAACAGCUACUCUAAAACCACCUAAUUUCCUUAAAGAUCGCUAUUUAUUGAUCCGUUUUGAAGACCUGGUAAGAGAUCCAUUAUCAGAAAUCUCAGAAAUGUAUAAAUUUGCAGAUCUUAGUUUGACUCCCACGCUCAAAAGCUGGAUCUAUAAUAUCACACAUGGACAGGGACCAGGAAAAAAAAAAGAAGCGUUCAAAAUCACAUCUCGAGAUGCAGUUAGUGUUUCACAGGCCUGGAGAAAUGUUCUUUCCUUCCAGAAAAUUAAGAAAAUACAGGAAGUUUGCAAAGGUGCUAUAAACAUGCUUGGCUAUCAGCUGGUGGAUUCAGAAAAAGAACAAAGAGAUCUGUCAUUGGAUUUAGUGUUGCCAAGACGACAAAAUCAGUUCAGUUGGUCCUCAUUUAAUCCAAAGCACUGAGACGUUAUUUUUGAGAGAUCUUGCUGGGGGUUUUUGGCGCGGCGGGGGGCGUGUAGAUGGGUGAGUAUUUGUCUACUGUGCAGCAUAUAGGUAAUUUGAAAAUCCUUGGCUGAUGAGUUUAACUGUCUUCCUGUCUGCUGUUUUUCCGUAAUGGAAGUAAGUUUUUUUCUGAGUUUCUUAUACUGCAAAAACAAAAAGAAGCAUGAGAAAUGCCAUGAGAUACUUGUCAGAUUGCAAAUUUACAGCUGAGCUGUGCUGUUCUUAGCGUUGUUUUAAAAAUAUAAUUUAAGUACUUUCUAUUAAAAGAUGAAUUGUCAAAGAUGUCUUUGUUCA